CUUAACGUAUAGUUUGCAUUAUACGACUUGAAAGGGGCGCUUAACUUAAGUAAACUUAACUGAAGUGACGUUAACUUAGUCACCGUUAACUAGACAAAUGUUUUGUAGCUCAAAGUUUAGCAACCACCAGUAAGAUUAACGUUAACAUUAUCUUAAAGUUAGACAAUCGGAAAAGUUGCAUGUUAACGGUAACGUUAACUUACGGUUAGGGGUGUGUGUGUGCCUACGAAAAGCCUAUUUGCGUUAACGUUAAAUGUAAUAAGGCAAAAAAAGCGACUGUCGUUACAUUCCGGAGUAUUGGUAACGUUUUCCACCGCAGCUAAUGUUAAAACUAAAGUUAACGUGUUGUUAAUGUUGGUUCUGGUUUGGAACUAACGUUUUGCAUUUCAGCAAAUAGACGGAACCCAGUCAUUACUCUCAGCUAAAAUGCUUCUAUGUACCUUCCACAAUACGGACACGGUCUGUCAAGAGUAUUCCUUUCUGACCCAAAUCACGAUUUCGGAAAAAAAGAAGAAUUCGUUAGUCCAAAGUUUGGCAAAUAUAUUCCACAAAAUUUCAGCCCCGUGUCAUUCCAACUCGCUCUCCUAACUUGUAAAUGGCGCCUAAACUGUGCUGGCGAACCAAAUUCGUUACAAACUGACGCAAGGUACCAUGGAACGUUCAAAGGGCAAGGGAAAAAAACAUGAAAUUCAAAAAAGGGGACGAAGCCAACUCCGCCUCGUUUCAAACAAACGAUAAUCAUACGACAAAAACAACCAGACGAAACACGCAGAAAGCAACAAUACUUUUGUACAAUGUUAUAUGUUAUUUAAGAUUAUUUGUCAAAUUCAAAACCUAAUGUUUCUACAUGUUCAAACGGUUGCCUGGUUACAGUAGAAGGAAGUCCCACCCGGAAGAAUAGUUUGCAUUUCAGGAAAUAUUGUUCAAUGGAUCAACUAUUAAUGUUAGUGUAUUUUUAAUUUUAAUGAGUUAUAUUAAAUACAUUUGUUUUAACAGAUAUCAUAAUGUAGUUUUACAUUGUCAAAAUAUCUAUUUUCAAAGAAGCGAUAUUUGCAAAUCUCGCGAUAACGUAUUUUUCAAGCUGUUUAUGAUUACCAGAUUAAAUGGCUACCAAAGGUUAGCCUUGAUAACGCUAGCGACACAUUUCGGGAUGGGUAGGCUUACGCUGUACCGUUCUGACUCUUCAUGCAACUUUUGCAGGAGUAAAUGAUACGCAUGCAAUUGCUGGUUGUCCCACAGUAAACUCGGAAACGACAGAACGAUGUCUGGUUUAACCAGACAACCAAUUUCACGUUAGCAUAAGUUACAAGACUCGGGGACAUCUGAGGAUUCACGUUAGCGACAGUGGCAGGUACCGUAGCAACUGCAGACGCUAGUUUCAGCUACCAGAGCAUGCCAACAACUGACUCGCCUAAUUUACGGGGGAUCAACAGAGCAAACAUCCACCAUGAGACUGAAAACAUCGCUGCUACAAGAACCCAAACAUAAGGAACUUGUGAGUUGUGUUGGCUGGACCACAGCUGAUGAGCUGUACUCAUGCAGUGAGGACCACCAUAUCCUCAAGUGGAACCUGCUGACGAGUGAGACCAAUCUGGUUGUCAGAUUGCCAGAGGACAUUUACCCCAUUGACCUACACUGGUUCCCCAAAGCAGUUGGUGGCAAGAAACAGAACCAGACUGAAAUCUUUGUCCUUACCAGUACUGAUGGGAAGUUCCACCUGGCCUCCAAGAUAGGGCGCAUUGAGAAGAGUGUUGAAGCACACAAAGGAGCUGUUUUGGCUGGAAGAUGGAACUACGAUGGGACUGCACUUAUCACAGCUGGAGAAGAUGGACAGAUCAAGAUCUGGUCAAAAAGUGGGAUGUUACGCUCAACACUAGCCAACCAGGGGUCUCCUGUGUAUUCUGUGGCCUGGGGUCCAGACUCAGACAGAAUCCUCUACACAUCAGGAAGACAGCUAGUCAUCAAGCCCCUGCAACCCAGCGCCAAAGUCAUACAGUGGAAGGCUCAUGAUGGGGUUGUUCUGAAGGUGGACUGGAACUCAGUCAAUGACCUCAUACUGUCAGGUGGAGAAGACUGUAAAUAUAAGGUAUGGGACAGCUUUGGCCGUCUGCUUUACUCCUCGUCGUCUCAUGACUACCCGGUCACCUCUUUGUCCUGGGCUCCAGAUGGAGAGGUGUUUUCUGUGGGCUCCUUCAACACCCUGCGGCUCUGUGACAAGACUGGAUGGUCCUAUGCGUUGGAGAAGCCCAACACAGGCAGUGUGUUCAGCUUGGCCUGGUCUGCAGACGGCACCCAGCUGGCUGGGGCCUGUGGCAAUGGGCAUGUCAUAUUUGCCCAUGUGGUGGAGCAGCAUUGGGAGUGGAAGAAUUUCGUGAUCACCCUUACCAAGAGGAGAACCAUGCAGGUGAGGAAUGUGAUGAACGAUGCAGUGGACGUAUUGGAGUUUAGAGAUCGAGUCAUCAAAGCCUCUCUGGCAAACGGUCACCUAGUGGUCGCCACUUCCCUCCAGUGCUAUGUCUACAACUCAAGAAACUGGAAUACUCCCCUCAUCUUUGACCUGAAGGAGGGAACAGUGAGCCUCAUCCUGCAAGCGGAGAAAUAUUUUCUGCUAGUUGACGGAGCAGGAUUGUAUACGUUCUCCUAUGAGGCUCGAUUGAUAUCCUCCCCCAAGUUCCCUGGAAUGAGAGCUGACAUCCUAAAUGCCCAGGGUGUCUCACUUAGUAAUGACACCAUUGCCAUCCGAGACAAGAGUGAUGAAAAAGUCAUCCUUCUCUUUGACACUCUGACCGGGAAAGCACUUGGCGAUGGGAAGCCCUUGACUCACAAGCUGGAGGUGGUGGAGAUAGCUCUGGAUCAGCAUGGUCCAUCCACUGAAAGGAAAAUUGCCUUAAUAGACAAGAACCGUGACCUUUACUUGACCUCUGUGCAUCAUCUUGGGCGAGAACCCAAAAUCUGCAAAAUUGGUAGCAUGGUUCACAGUAUGGCAUGGAAUGAUGCCUCUAACAUCCUGUGUGGAGUCCAAGACAACCAGUUAACAGUGUGGUAUUACCCGAGUGCUGUCUUCACUGACAAGGAGUUGCUGCCAAAAACACUGUGCAUAAAGGAUGGCAGCGAGUUUAGCCGUGCACCCCACAUUCUGAGCUAUGUUGGCACGAAGGUGACCUUACGCCAAGGAGACGGUUCACUUGUGUUCAGCACUGUACCUCCCUACCCAGCCCUCCUGCACGAAUACAGCACCUCUGCACGCUGGGAGGAUGCACUGCGCCUCUGCCGCUUCGCCAAGGACCAAUCUUUGUGGGCAUGUCUUGCUUGUAUGGCAAUGGCAAACAGGGAGCUGACUACAGCGGAGAUGGCCUAUGCUGCCAUUGGAGAGUUACCUAGGGUGCAGUACAUCAACUUUAUAAAGGAGCAGCCAUCUAAGGAGUCAUCUUUGGCCCACAUGCUGAUGUUCAGUGGUCAGGUCCACGAGGCUGAGGCCACACUGUUACAAGCUGGUCUCAUCUACCAGGCCAUACGAAUCAACAUUGACCUGUUCAGCUGGGAGAGGGCACUGGAGCUGGCAGUCAAACACAAGACCCAUGUGGACACCGUGCUGGCCUAUAGACAGAAGUUCCUACAGACAUUUGGCAGGAAGGAGACCAAUAAAAGAUUCCUGCAGUAUGCUGAAGGGGUUGAGGUGGACUGGGAAAAAAUCCAGGCGAAGAUAGAGAUGGAGUUGUCUAAAGAGAGAGAGAAAGCUGCUAAUGCGUCUAUGAGGAGUAGCAUGGCUUCACGACGUUAAUGUUCAGGGGACCUUUCUCUAAAACAUCAGCUUUGCAGAAUUUGAUUCCUAUGUGUUUUUAACAUUUGGUGAAGAUUAGGUGGUUUGGCUUGGCCUCAGUAAUAAAAAAAUGUCUGUACUUGCCCACCGUUAGUUAAAACGUACAUGCAAGCAAAAACAAAAGGGACCAUCUGGAGAUGUGAAGAUCAGUAGGCUACGAUUAAUAUGACACUCGACUUACUACAAUCGUGUGGCACAUGCUGCAUAAUGUAAAACAUUUGCACAAUGUUGUACAUGACAUUCUGUUUCUGCGGGUGGAUGAUGUGACAUUUGAACUGUAUCUAUAUUUUUCAGCAACAACAACAAUAUGGCCUUCCAGUCAUAUCAGCUUCUUGGUGAUUUCAGUGUGUCACAUUCAAAGUUGAUUGUUUUCCAUUUGUCAAAAUUAGCUUGGUAUGCUCAGUCAUGCCCAAACAUAUUGCUUUGUUUUUGUCAGUGAUGUUUGAUGUGUUUUUUAUGUAUAGAUAUUUUUACAGUUCAUAUAUUCAUGCCUUCUGUAAACACUAAAAAGAAUGUUGGUUAAUAAAACAGCUGGAAAUGCUGUGUAUAUUCA